AUGGAAAGCGACGAUGACACUGAUGCACGGAUGCAGGAAAUGUGUGAUGAUGUCGCGGCGCUCGCAAUCGAGUGGCAGACUGAAAUGAAUAAUAAUUAUGUUGAAGCGUACAGAAUUGCCUCCGACUACUACAAGGCGCACGUGCUUAAAGUCCCAUGUCGCAUGUCCAUCUUGACGGGGAGGGCAUGGAUUUUGGAAAUGUAUAAUGGACAUAGUGGCAGAUUUCGCUAUGAAAUGCGCAUGCCCAAAGUCGUUUUCACCCGUUUAUGUGCCACACUAGUGAACGACUUCGGGUUGCAUGUACUUGAGCGGGACCACGGCUUGCAUGUUGAGGAGAGUGUUGCAAUCUUCAUUCAUGUUUUGAAAAACUUGCCUAACCGCGAGCUUCAAGAACGAUUCCAACACUCCGGUGAAACAAUAUCACGCCAUUUUCAUAAUGUUUUGAAAGCAAUGAAAAAGUUUACCGUUGCGCACUGUCGGCUGCCCACAGAUUUCCAAAACAGUAGGGAUCCCUACCUGCAGACCCAUCCACAAUACUUGCCGUUUAAGGAUUGUUUAGGUGCCUUGGAUGGGACACCCGUGCCAGCGUGCAUAAAGGAGUCGGAAGCAGCCCCCCGGAUUUUAAACAUUGUUACCGAGGAUCCGCAAUAUAAUUUUCCAACUGCAGUGGAUGGUCGCUAUUAUCUAGUGGAUAGUGGAUACAGUAAUAAGAAGGGAUUUCUUGCACCAUAUAAGGGCAGCCACUAUCACCAACCACACUUUCAACGUCAAAAGCCGAGGAAUCGUGAUGAGUUGUUCAACCGUGCCCACACUUCAUUGCAGAGUGUGAUUGAGCGAACAUUUGGUGCUUGGAAGUCGCGGUGGAGAUUCUUGCACAACAUGCCUCGGUUUGACUUUCGUACAGUGCUAGUGCCGUUGGUGGCUGCAUCUAUGGCAUUACACAAUUUCAUACGCAGAAACUGCGAGGAUGAUGCGACCAUUGCUGCUGUUAGAAAUGCGGCGAGUACACGUAUGACGAUAUUCCUGAUCGCGCAGAUUUGGCUGGCCUAG